UUGCGGCCAUAUCUUGGUCGUCAUGUUGGUACCGAUGUCUCGAUGGAACAAGUUGUCGACUUUCUUCGAUAUCUCUUUGCGGCAUCCUUGACCUACGUCUUUGCCAUCGCCUUUAUCAAGUUGACGAUCCUCGCUCUGUACUGGAAGCUUUUCUCCAUCACGGCACGCGUGCCAAUCGCGAUUCUCUUUAGUUCAGUUGUCAUCUGGAUGGUGGUACUGGUCUUUGUCGCGACGUUUUCGUGUAACCCCGUCGAGAAGCAGUGGAACAUCCUGAUCGAGCAUGGAAAAUGCAUGGAACAAAAGCCCGUCUACCUUGGAGGCUCCCUCCCCAACGUCAUCAUCGACUUUGUCCUCGUGGGCAUGCCUCUCCCCUCAGUCUUUCGACUCAACAUUCCCCUUGGACGACGACUGAUCCUGGCGGGCAUGUUUACACUCGGCUUCUUCAUCUUCAUCGUGUCCAUCAUCCGGUUGACCAUAGUCAUGUCUAUUCGAACCGACGACAGAAAUGUCACGUACAAUCUGAGGGACUUUAUGCUGUGGUCGACUGUUGAGAUCAACAUUGGACUCGUCUGCGCCUGUCUGCCGAGCAUGCGUCCACUGCUGCAAGUCAUUGGACUAAGUCGACUGUUCUCAACAGGACGUGGAACGAGUGAGCCUAGCGGACCAACUGGAAACGGCAGCAGUUACCCGCUGUCUCGAACAGAGGGAUCACGGCCUCGCAAGAAGGGAGGCAUCUUUUCCACACUGGCCGGUCUAUCAAAGAUUGACAGCGACGAAGACGAGUUCCAGAUGAUUGACGACAUAUCUGGGCGUCAGGGUAAAAACAAGGUCGAGAUUGGCGCCUCACGAACAAGCAACGAGACAGACAGUGAGUCGAGAGCUACCGCUGCCAUCUCGGUGCAAAAGGACUGGAGUGUCUUGGUGGUAGGCGAGAACUCGAAGCAGCGCAACGAGUCAUGA